AUGGCGAAUAAACGUAAGGCGGACGCGUCGGUUGACGAGGUGCUUGACCCAAGCGAUAUGCUCUCGUUUAUAUGUCUUGGAGGAGGCAGUGAAGUCGGUCGGUCUUGUCAUAUCGUCCAAUACAAAGGAAAGACGGUGAUGUUGGACGCUGGAGUCCAUCCAGCAUACGACGGAAUCUCCAGCUUGCCAUUCUACGACGAUUUCGACCUUAGUACAGUCGAUAUUUUGCUCAUAUCCCAUUUCCAUCUUGAUCAUGCUGGGUCCCUCCCAUAUGUCCUUACGAAAACGAACUUCCGGGGUAGAGUGUUUAUGACCCACCCGACAAAGGCGAUAUACAAGUGGUUGAUGAGCGACAGCGUUCGUGUUAGUAACACAACAUCAGAGCAAACGACCCAGUUAUUUUCCGAAACCGACCAUCUUUCCUCGUUUUCCCAAAUAUCGGCGAUCGAUUAUUACCAAACACUUCAUCAUUCUUCGAUUGCGAUUACACCAUACCCCGCCGGCCAUGUUCUUGGUGCGGCGAUGUUUCUUAUCGAAAUUGCAGGUCUUAAGAUUUUGUUUACAGGGGACUACUCUCGCGAGGACGAUAGGCAUCUCGUUUCUGCGAGCCUGCCUAAGCAUAUCAAACCUGAUAUUCUCAUCACGGAGAGUACAUACGGCACAGCUUCGCAUAUGCCGCGACCGGAGAAAGAGGCUCGCUUUAUAUCGCUGGUCACGAGUAUCCUAGAUCGUGGUGGUAGAGUGCUCAUGCCAGUGUUUGCGCUAGGGCGGGCUCAAGAACUCCUUCUGAUAUUGGAAGAAUAUUGGGAAGUCCAUGAGAGAUAUAGACAGUACCCAAUCUACUACGCAUCUUCAUUGGCGAGACGGUGUAUGUCUGUAUACCAAACAUAUAUUCAUGCCAUGAAUGACAACAUCAAGGCACUUUUCCGAAGCAAAAUGGCUGCGAUUGGCGAAGCUGCUGGGAAAGAUGGCCAAGUCAUUGGUGGCACAAAUCCAUUCGAAAUGAGAUGGGUUAGAUCAUUGAAAUCCUUAGAUCGCUUCGAUGAUGUUGGUGGAUGUGUCAUGCUGGCUGCUCCUGGUAUGAUGCAAAACGGAGUUUCUAGAGAGCUACUUGAAAGGUGGUGCCCAGACCCGAAGAACGGUGUCAUAUUGACAGGCUACUCUGUCGAGGGGACUUUGGCAAAGAGCAUCUUGAACGAGCCAACGGAGAUCCAAGCGUUCAAGAAGGAGCACACGAGUCGUCGAAGCGGCAGAGAGGAAGCUGAUAGGGUUAUGAUCCCGAGACGGUGCAGUAUUGAUGAACUGAGUUUUGCUGCACAUGUUGACUAUGGUCAAAACAGCUCGUUCAUCGAAGAAGUUGGUGCGAAAGUCAUUAUCUUGGUACAUGGAGAAACGAAUGCUAUGGGCAGGCUGAAGAGCGCCCUGUUAAGCAAAUAUCACGAUAGAAAGGAUAAACCAAGAAUCUACAACCCAAAGAAUUGCGAGGAACUUAAUAUACCAUUUAAAGGAGAAAAAAUUGCAAAUGUUGUAGGCAAGCUCGCAAAACACCCCCCUCAUCCAUCAAAAGACGUCGACAAAGCAUUGGUCAAGACUGGCCAGGAACAGAUAUUCGCUGGUGUCCUUGUACAGAACGACUUCAAAUUAUCGUUGAUGUCCCCUGAUGAUCUACGAGAAUACGCAGGUCUUACUACAACAACAGUGAUGUGCAAGCAACGGGUUCCACUGAGCACCGCAGGUGCCGGCCUCGUUCGAUGGAGUUUAGAGAGCAUGUUCGGAGGAAUUGUCACCGUUAAGAAAGAAAGAACAAACGGGUAUAUUGAAGACGAAGAUGAAGGUUCGAAAGAAGCAAAUGGGGAGCAGAAAAAUGUAAAAGACCAAGCCUCGCGGGAGGAAACCUUCAGGGUAAUGGACUGUGUCACGGUAUCCUGCCGCUCUGGAUAUGUUGAACUCGAGUGGGAAGGGAACAUCCACAACGAUGGAAUUGCGGACGCUAUUUUGGCGAUUCUUCUAAGCAUUGAAAGUGCACCAGCGAGUGUCAAGUAUUCUACAAAGCCACAUAGUCACAAUCAUGACCUUCCUUCAGACCACGCCAAUAUUGAUUUAUCGACCCGCCUUGAUAGGAUCCUCUGGUUUUUGGAGGCCCAAUUCGGAGACGGAGUUCAACCUAUCGAACCCGACGGGGACGAAAUCGACCUUGCAAAAGGCAAGGUUAACCUCAAACUACGAAUCCAAGUUGACGAACACCUAGCCAUUGUUCGAUUCGACCCUCUGGAAGUUGAAUGCAAGUUUGAGGCACUUCGUCAAAGAAUUAUGGCUGUCCUUGAGAGAGCAAUUGACACGGUUGCGCCAUUUGUAGACCUCCAGGUCGGCCACUAG